AGACGAGGCACUCGGGCUGCACGUCCACCAGGGUGUACUCUGUCUUGUCGGCGCAGUUGGCCGUCGUGUAGCCGCACGACUCGAGAGCACGGCCGAGUGGUGCGCCAUCCACACCCCACGGAACUCUGGCAGAUAGAUACCUGGGGGGAACGCAUUCAUCCACAGCCACCAAUCCAAUCAGCCAGCCAAUGAAUAUAUCGAUGAUGCCUGCACGCACCUGUGCAGUAGGUUCGAGAGGAAGUAGUACUGAAUGCCGGUCAGCGGCUCGUUCAGAACACGCGCCUCCAGCUGCACCGUGUUCCUUCAGCCAUCGCACAGCACAGCACAGCACAGCAUUAACACAAACCUCUACAAUGCAGCUGCAGUGUUGCCUCAUGGGUCGCGCACUUUGCUUAGAUGAGCACAAACGAGUCGACAUCCACUCCAUCGGCAUUGAAUUUGCUCGCCAUGUUGUGCAGCUGUGCCACGGGGCUAAAGGCGGUCCUGGCGAGUCUUGCGUCGAGGUGUGGGGCGAGCUCCCGCUGCAGCGGAGGAUGAGGGGCACCACCUUGGUGCGCUUCAUGGGCCGGCAGGUCACCGCUUUCCAAGGCCGCUCGUCAUCCAUUCAACCAAUGGAUCACGGACACACGCGGAGGGCCCCAGGGCUGCCCUUCAAGGCAAGCUGAUGAAAUGCGCCGAUGAGUCGGAUGAAAUCGCAUUGGCGGAUAUCGGCCCUCAUGCUUCAGCAUCUCUAUCAACACGUCCGUGACAGUUGCCUGAAGAUUGUCGAAACAAUUGCGUCCACAGCAUAUCGCACUCGCCGGAAAGAUCAAAAGGACGCGAAAGUCUCCCCGAGUCUGACCGUGAGGCGUUCAGGUGACCGAGCUUCCUGCUGGCAGCCUGCAAGGGAAGACGCAACAGCCAAAAGUGAACGAAGAGAUCUGUGUAAGUACUUGGAUAAAAAAUGCUCGGUGGGCUGUCCUGACGGCCUUGUGUCUCCUCUGGCGGCUCAGCGGCAGUGGGCUCACCAUCAGGAAGAGCAU